AUGGCCGCGGAAUUUACCUCGACGAAGCUUAAUGCGGAGAAUCAACUUCUCCUGGACCAACCUCUUUUGAAGCUACCUCAUGAGCUCGCUCGAAGAAAUCUCAAGUCCGUCCAGCGUAUAGUCGAGCGAGAGAAGGAAUAUGUCCUCCCCGCACUUAAAGAGACGACCAAAGCCUCCAUGUCCGACGAGCAGGCUCCCAACCAAACGCUCGCCACGCUUGAUGCUAUGAUAUCUCGAAUGCAAGGUUUGAAACGGAAAAUGGAGACUCUACAUCAGCAAGAGAGAGAAAUACACAACCAGUCAAGGAAACGCAUACAGCAUCUGGAGCACCUCUAUCAGAUCCCCAGCUUGACUGACGUCAAGUACGACCAGUGGUCCCGAAUUCGGCUGGAUAGACUUGUUGUCGACCAUAUGUUACGUUCGGGCUAUACAGAGAGUGCGCAGCAACUUGCUCGCGAGAAGGAUAUCGAAAGCCUGGUAGAUCUCAACGUCUUCAUACAAUGUCAGCGAAUUGCCGAGAGGCUCCGCCGUGGUGAGACAAGAGAUGCCCUGCAGUGGUGUGGUGAAAACAAGGCAGCUCUAAAAAAAAGCCAGUACAAUCUAGAAUUCGAGCUCCGGUUACAGCAGUACAUUGAGAUGAUCAGAACGGGAGAUAAAGCCAAAUUCAUAGAUGCAAUGGCGCAUGCCAAAAAGUAUCUUUCCCCGUAUAUUGAGACGCAAUCCACGGAAAUCCAUCGAGCAGCUGGCAUGCUUGCUUUUCCUCCCGAUACCAAGGCUGAGCCCUACAAGGUAUGUUCUCCGAACUUCAGAGGUAAAUAG